AUGGAACCAGCUGCGUGUACGAAUAACCAGAGCAAUGGCAACUAUGGAGAAGACAUCAUUGGGUGGUUUGAAGAUGUGACUGAGAAAGCUGGUUUGGUUCAAACACAGACACUCAGGGAGAUACUUGAGCAAAACUGCAGUGUGGAAUAUCUCAGGCAAUGGUUGGGGGACAUCAAAAUCCAAGAGGUAGAUGGAUUUGUAUUGGAAUCUCUCUACACUUCUUUGGUGCCCCUUGCUUCACAUGCAGAUUUAGAGCCUUAUAUUCACAGAAUUGCAAAUGGGGACACUGGCCCUAUACUCACCCAACAACCUAUGACCACUCUCUCCUUAAGUUCUGGAACCACAGAUGGGAGACAGAAGUACGUACCCUUUACGCGCCAUAGCGCACAGACCACUCUUCAAAUAUUUAGGUUGGCUGCAGCUUACAGAUCAAGAGUUUAUCCAACAAGGGAAGGAGGGAGGAUCCUGGAAUUCAUAUACAGCAGCAGACAGUUCAAAACUAAGGGAGGAUUAACAGCAGGAACAGCCACAACUCACUACUAUGCCAGCCAAGAAUUCAAGAUCAAACAGGAAAAAACCAAGUCAUUCACUUGCAGCCCAGAAGAAGUCAUUGCAAGUGGUGACAGCAAACAAUCAACAUACUGCCAUCUCCUUCUUGGCCUCUUCUUCUCUGAUCAAGUAGAGUUCAUAACCUCCACCUUUGCCUAUAGCAUAGUGCAGGCCUUCAUCACUUUUGAAGAACUCUGGAAAGAGUUGUGCAAGGACAUCAGAGAUGGCACUCUAAGCAAAAGAAUCAAUCUACCGAAAGUGCGAAAAGUGGUCUUGGAUACCAUCUCCCCAAACCCAACAUUGGCUUCAAAAAUCGAAGCUAGUUGCAAGGGCUUGGAAGAUUUGGAUUGGUUUGGUCUAAUUCCUAAGCUCUGGCCAAAUGCCAAGUAUGUGUAUUCUAUAAUGACAGGAUCAAUGCAACCAUAUUUGAAAAAACUCAGACGCUUUGCAGGGGAUGUGCCAUUAGUUAGUGCAGAAUAUGGAUCAACUGAGAGUUGGAUUGGGGUGAAUGUGGAUCCUUGUUUGCCUCCAGAGGAUGUGACUUUUGCUGUGGUACCAACUUUUUCUUACUUUGAGUUCAUACCACUCCAUAGACAUAAGCAAGAUUGCAAUUUAGCCAUUGAUGAUUUCAUAGAAGAUAAACCAGUCCCACUAUCCCAAGUCAUGGUUGGACAGCAAUAUGAGAUAGUCCUCACUACUUUCACUGGACUUUAUAGGUACAGGUUAGGGGAUGUGGUGGAAGUGGCUGGUUUCCACAAUGGGACUCCAAAAUUGAACUUUAUAUGCAGAAGAAAGCUUAUAUUGACAGUAAACAUUGACAAAAACACAGAAAAGGACCUUCAGAUAGUGGUAGAGAGAGGGUCUCAAUUGCUGAGCAAGUCCAAAGCUGAACUGGUUGACUUUACAAGCCAUGCUGAUCUGCUAACUCAACCAGGCCACUACAUCAUAUAUUGGGAGAUCAAAGGCGAAGUUGAAGAGAGGGUUCUUGGUGAAUGUUGUAGAGAGAUGGAUGCAUCAUUUGUGGAUCAUGGCUAUGUGGUCUCAAGGAGAAGCAAUUCAAUUGGGCCUCUGGAGCUGCGCAUUGUGGAGAAAGGAACUUUCAAGAAAAUUUUGGAACAUUUCAUAGUAAAUGGUUCUGCUUUGAGCCAAUUUAAGACCCCUAGGUGCACCAGCAACAAGGUGAUCCUCAGUAUUCUCAAUCUAUGCACAGUUAAAAGGGUUUACAGCACUGCAUAUGCUCAUUAG